AGUACUCAUUCGUGUGCCGAACGUUCGCUGAAAAAGAUAUAGAAAUCGAAAACGCAAACGCAGAAAAACACGCUGGAUUAAAGUGUUUCGUUUACAAACUUCGACAGAGUGAGAAUAAAAUAGUGAAGUGAGCAGCAUCGCACAAAGCCAAAUAACUCGCAGAGAAACCAAAAUCAAAGAAAAGUAAAGAAAGCAAAGCAAUAUUUAAGAACCUCGCAAGUAAUCCGGUACGACCGUGUAACAACCGCCAAGAUUCUACUCAAGGAGCGUAAAGCAAUCAUUUCGAGAAUGAAGUCCCUGACGGCCGUUUGUCAGACAGGUGCCUCCGGAAUGCCGGCCUUGAACGCCAGCGGGCGCAUCUCGCGCCACCCCACGCAUCGCGGCGAUGGGGAGAAUGCCGAGAUGAAGAUGUAUCUGUCCAAGCUCAAGGAUCUCGUUCCGUUCAUGCCCAAGAAUAGGAAACUCACAAAGCUGGAAAUUAUCCAGCACGUCAUCGAUUACAUAUGCGAUCUGCAGACCGAGCUGGAGACGCAUCCCGAGAUGGGUAACUUUGAUGCGGCGGCCGCUCUGACGGCGGUAAAUGGACUGCAUGAGGACGAAGAUAGCGACAUGGAGGACGCGGAUGUGGAGGCGGAAACGGAAGUCGAUCCGGAUGUCCUCGCCCAGCGUUUGGCCGCCGAACAGCCGGCGAAAGUGUCUAGUCCCGCCGCCCGUCUCCCGCUCACCGAUCGCCAAACGCCCAACACACUCGUGGCGCCCGCUCAUCAGCAGCAGCAUCUCCAGCUGCAGCAGCAACAGCAACUCCAACUGCAGCAGCAGCAACAGCAGCAACUGUCCAACAGUUUAGCAACGCCACUGAACGCCGAGAAAGACAGCAGGCAGUCGUAAGCGUGGAAACGCCCAGCCGGGAAAACCUAUAAACUUAUUAACUAAAUGCAUAAUUAAAGUACAGUCAAAACUCCACUCGCAACCUUCGUGUGAAGAUCUCCGCAUAAAAUAACUUGUGUAACUCUCAAGAAAACCUACAGCCCAGGCGCAUCUCUUCAACUCUCUUUUCCCGGAGAUGAAAAUCGGGGAAAACGAGGGCUCGCUUUUCGGCUCGGCAGAGUUUAGUUUUAACAAUUAAUAAACACAACAACCUAGCAUUAGAUCAUCGUAAGCAAGUAAACAUUAUGAUUAAUAAUUAAACAUUUAAACUAGGAUGGCGCUUAAGAAUGAAUGGAAGAAAACUUGGCAAAGCUUUAAACAAUUUAAUUUUUCCUUUAACGCUUGAAAUUACACUAAAGCAUAUAUAUUUUUGUUUUCCUAAUUUUAGUUUUGUUUUGGUUUAAACAACGCAAGAAAAAAUGUUACUAAUGCAAAGCAAACAGAGAUCAGCAAUAAAAUAAAAUAAAAUAAAAUGCACAGGCAA